GAAGAAUGGGUUUCAUUCCAAACCAUUUCUUUCUCCUUCUCCUCUUUCCUCUCUCUUUUCUCCUAUUCUCAAGCAUUUCCUUCUCAGAUGCCACACCUAAUAUCAUUCGCCAUUUUCAAGAUGAACAAGUUUAUGCAUUUGAUGGUAAGAGACUAAUGGUGGGAUGGAAAAUGAUGAAGAUCACGGCUGAAACGCCCAUCGUAAAUUCGACUAAUUUGAUUUUGGCGGCAGAAAGGACUCACCGAAGAGAUCCUACUGAUAAUUUUCGGUACUACAUCGGUGGCUGGAACCCUUCUAAUCCACAUUAUUUAUUUUCAGCAUGCUAUGCUUCCCUUGGGCCUUUCCUCGUCGCAGUUUUAUGGUUCAUCGUAUUUGCACUAUGGUUGUUUUGUAUGUGUAUGUGUUGUUGUUGCGGUUCACGCCAUACUUACGGCUAUUCUCAAACUGCCUAUACCUUGUCUCUAACUUUCCUCGUCCUUUUCACUCUUGCGGUCAUAGUAGGAAGUGUACUCACAUGUGUUGCACAAGCAAGAUUUGAGACAAGUGUUGGUAAUCUUAUCAGCUAUAUUCUGCAUAGAGCAGAUACAGUCGCCAUUAGCCUUAUGGACUUGUUCAAUAAUAUAUUAGCAGCCAAGGAUGUUGGGAUUCAAAAUAUCAUUUUACCUGAAAAACAGAGGAAUGAUGUUGAACAAAUUCAGAAUAAAAUCAAUGGAGUGUAUCAUAGUUUUUGCGACAUUACUACCAAGAAUGGAAAUGGUAUCAUAAGUUGGCUAAAUCCACUAAAACUAAUCCUCACUACCAUAGCUGCAAUCAUGAUUGUUGUGGCAUUGCUCGGGCUUGUAUUUUCAGUGACUGGAGUUGAGUGUCUUGUGUAUAGCUUAGCAAUGGUUGGAUGGAUCAUUGUAACUAUAACAUUUAUUAUGAGCGGCAUAUUUCUCCUUGUAAAUAACCUUGUUGGAGACACAUGCACUGCCAUGAAUGAGUGGACGCAAAAUCCAACUGCAGAUUCAAUUAUAGAGAAUAUAGUCCCUAAUGUAGAUAAUCAUAUUACUAGACAAAUUUUGUCUGCAACAAAGGAUGUGACUUAUGGAGUGAUAGAGGUGGCAAAUACUUGUAUUUCUAAUGUCUCCAACGCAAAUGGGGCUUCUAACACAAGCGUAUUGUACUAUAACCAAUCAGGUCCAUUGGUGCCAUUCCUCUGCAAUCCUUAUAACAAGGAUGGUACUGACAGACAAUGUGCACCAAAUGAAGUUAACUUCAAGAAUGCCUCACAAGUUUGGGAAAAACAUGUGUGUCAUGUUUCUUUUACUGGGAGUUGUGACACCCCUGGCCGAUUAACACCAACGGGUUACAAGCAAAUCAUUACACUUGUUAAUGUUAGCUCCGGUCUUUAUGAUGGGAUACCAUUUGUGAUCGAGCUCAUGAAUGGCACUUUUCUCACAAAAACAUUGUUUGACUUGAGCAAAGACUUUUGCUCAGGUCUAGAAGAAUACUCAGAGUGGGUGUAUUUUGGGCUGAUAACAUCAUCAACAAUGUUAAUGUUGUUGUUGGUACAAUGGAUAAUUUAUUCUAAACAGAGAAAACGACGUGCAUAUACUAAGAAAAUAGAUGCUAUUUUGUACUGGAAGCAAGUUUCUUGUUAAUGUUUC